AUGCUCGGAGCGCGCGCGUCGUUCACGACGAGCGCGACCUCCGCCCGCAUCCGCAGCGUAACCUCCUCCCGCGCGUUCGCGUCCCCGUCGAGAGCGCUUCUCGCCAUGGGGAGAUCGAAGAAAGAGCGAGGGAAACAGCGCGUCGCGACGAAAUCCGCGACGCAAGCGAGCGCGAACCCGCACGACGACGACGCGCCGGAGCUCCCGGACUACGACAUCGUGACCAUGGGCCCUCUGGACGUCUCCGCGGUAGCCUUGAGCGUGAAAGGAUGGACGGGCGGGAGCGACGACGCGAACGCGUACGUCGCCGCGAUCGAUCGCGGGUACCUGCUCAUCGGCGCCGCGUCCCCCGAGGAGCUGCGCCUCGCGAAAGAGUACGAAGGGUACUGGUCCGUCUCCGAGGCCGCGGAGUUGCCCGGGGUGCGAGCGCCGAUGACGUACGCGAUCGUCGACGUCGACGACGCGAGCGGCGGCGGCGGGACGGUGAAGGACAUCCUCCAAGCGCACACGAUCGCCGCGGGCGGGUGCGAGCCGGACGUGUUUUGCCUCCGCGCCGACCCGGGGGAGGAUGGAGAAAACGUCGCGCGACUCGCGGAGGGGAUCGUCGCCGCGUGGGAGCUCGGCGCGUGCGGGAACGUCAUCGCCGUGGACGGGUUCAACGGGGACGCGGUCGGUAAGCUCGUGGACGCGCUGAAGGACACCCCGGAGAUCAAGGUGGCGUUCAAUCGCGUCGCGUUCUCGCUCGCGGACCGAUCGGCGUUGGAAAACGGCGACGUCGACGCGUGCAAAUCGCGCGGCGUCGGCGUGCUCGCGGUCGAUCCCCUGGGCGAGGGAUCCAGGGUCACGAACGUGACGCACGCGGAGUGCGACCAGGCGCAGUGCCGCCUCCUCGCGUUCUUAGGUUCGAUGGUGGGCGGCGGCGUGCAGAAAUCGCCGACGCAAGUGGGCGUGAAUUACGUCGUGAGCAAAGGGAUCGUGCCGGAGAUUGAGACGAGGUACGGAUCCGUCGCGUGGGAAUGCGGCGGCGCGAUGCUGUGGCGGUUAGACGAGAACGCGUUAGGGAUCUUAGACGAGCGCGCGGACGCGGUCGCCGCGGGAGAGAGCGGCGUGGACGCGGAGACCGCGGAGGCUGCGGAGGAGCUGAGGGGUGAAGUAGAAGGAGGGAAGCCCUGAUGAUCCGAGAGAAACUUUUCC